CCCUUUCAAUCCCUUCGUUAAAUAGCUUCCCCUCCGAUGGCUUUCGCUCUGGGAACAGCCCCUGCAGACCGGCGCCGGAGCGCGGGCGCCCCAGCAUGAGCGCAGCCCUGCUCCCCCAGGCCGGGGCCGCCCGCCUGCGCCUCGGCCUCCUGCUUCUGCUCUCCUUGUCGCUCCACCGAGGCGCGGUCGCUAAAGAGCUGAAGUUUGUGACGCUGGUGUUUAGGCAUGGAGAUCGAAGUCCCAUUGAGACCUUCCCAAAUGAUCCCAUUAAGGAAGCUUCAUGGCCACAAGGAUUUGGCCAACUCACUCAGCUGGGCAUGGAGCAGCAUUAUGAACUUGGACAGUAUAUAAAGAAAAGAUAUGGGAAAUUUUUGAAUGAGUCCUACAAACGUGAACAGGUUUAUAUUCAAAGCACGGAUGUCGAUCGGACGUUGAUGAGUGCUAUGACAAACCUUGCAGGCCUGUUUCCUCCAGAGGGUAUCAGCAUCUGGAAUCCCAGCCUACCCUGGCAGCCCAUCCCAGUGCACACACUCUCUCUUUCUGAAGAUCGGUUACUGUACCUGCCUUUCCGGGACUGCCCCCGUUUUAAAGAACUUACGGAGGAGACUCUCAAAUCAGAGGAAUUCCAGAAGAGAUUGCAUCCUUACAAGGAUUUUAUAGAAACCUUGCCAACAUUUACAGGAUACCAUACCCAGGACCUUUUUGGAAUGUGGACUAAAGUCUAUGACCCUUUAUUUUGUGAGAGUGUUCACAAUUUCACUUUACCCUCCUGGGCCACAGAGGACACCAUGACUAAGUUGAAAGAAUUAUCAGAAUUGUCCAUCCUGUCCAUCUAUGGAAUUCACAAGCAGAAAGAGAAAUCUAGACUGCAAGGGGGUGUCCUGGUCAGUGAGAUCCUUAAUCACAUGAAGAUUGCAACUCAGCCAUCAAACCACAGAAAACUUAUCAUGUACUCUGCACAUGACACUACCGUGAGUGGCCUACAGAUGGCACUAGAUGUUUAUAAUGGAAUCCUUCCUCCCUAUGCUUCCUGCCAUAUAAUGGAAUUAUAUCUUGAAAAGGGGGAGUACUUCGUAGAGAUGUAUUACCGGAAUGAGACACAGCACGAGCCAUAUCCUCUCACACUGCCAGGCUGCACUCCCAGCUGUCCUCUGACAGAGUUUGCUGAGCUGGUUGCCCCUGUGAUCCCCCAAGACUGGUCCACGGAGUGUAUGACCACAAGCAAUGACCAAGUUCUAAGAGUCGUCCUUGCUGUUGCCUUUUGCCUGGUGUCUGGUGUCCUUGUGGUGCUGCUGUUUACCCUCCUCCGCCACGGGCCCUGCUGGCAGAGAGACCCUUAUCGGAACAUCUGAACAGAUGGCUGAAGGAGGGUGGACACAUCCGACUGACCUCCUGUGAUGCAGUAUCUCUCAGUGAUGCCUCAUUCAAAAGACAGGCUUUCACCGUGUGGACAUCACCCCAUCCACUCCCUUCUCUUUUAGCCUGUCUGGAGCAGGGUCUGAACUUACAGUGACCCAGGGACUGAUGAAUGAACCCCAGGUUACUUGGUCAGGUCUCCUGAUCUCCUGACUCCUCGUUGUAGUGCAGGCUUCUCAUUUGGCUCGAAAGAGGCUCUUUCACAAAGGAUAGUUGUAUUCUCUGGCAUGGAUGUUCAGAAAGAAAGAAGAAAUCAAACUCCAAUCAGCCUUUUGCCUGCAAAGAGCAAAAGGUUACAGUGUGUGACAGAGACAUGGAUUAAAGAAGACUGGAUAAUGAGGACAAUUAAACUAGAAGUAGUAUCAUGUAGGAUGAUUGUUAAGAAGUAAGACCUAAUUAGAAGGUAUAAAUAAAUUAUUUCUUUAGCCUUUAAGUAGGUGUAAUACAAACACGUACACAUUCCUGAAAAGAACGUCCUACACAGUGUUUGGUAGCUAACAGAUUUCUGUAUGUGUAUGUAUGCUAACACACAUACAUAUACAGAACUGUGUUGAAACUGUGUUGACACAGUUUCUUUCAUUCUCAGAAAAUGUAAUAUCAACCACUGCAAUUAUAGCUCAGGUCAUUUUCCCCACAACUUCUAUAAUGGGGAAUAACUAGAGAACCCAUGCAGCCAUGUUUCGUUUUUUGUUUUUUGUUUUUUUUUAACCUCUACCAUCAUCAGACCUAGAUAUUUUUAUAGUUCCAGUUUCUUUAUUUCAUUUUAAAAGUAAGAGAUUUACUUUGAUGGAAACUCUUCAUGACCCAUCUCUUAGUCUCAGGAAUCUUCCUCUCCCUUUGGACUCCACAGCUUUCUCUUGUUAAACUUCAAGCACUUACCUCUACCACUUUCUACAUAAUUCUUACCGAGCCAAGGCUAUUACCAAAAAAAAAAAAAAAAAAAAAAGAAGGGACUUGUGUUCUCUUGCCUAGCAACUGCUACUGCCUCCCAUAACAUAAAAGGCACGUAGGCAAGGAAAGAAAUGCAAGAUCUGGUUUCAUCCUCAAGUUGGGAAAGGGAAAAAAACAUCUAUAGCAAGUAAGAACAAAGGACAAAUUACUAUCUUCCUAAAGUAGCCAGCCAUAUUAGUAAUGAGACCAGAACAUCUUAUGCUGAUAAGUGAUGAGAUUUGAAAAUAGAAGUAGGAAAUAGAACCAUAAGUCAUGGAUUUUCUCACUUAUUUAACAAGCAUUGAUAGAACACCUACUAUUUGCUUAUCGCUGGCCUAACUGCUAAAUUGCACAUCCCUAAUGUGAUUAUUAAUGUGUUUGGCCCCAACAACAGCCCUUAUACAGUUGAUAGAAUGUAAAAGUAAAAGCUUUCACAACCUUUCCCUAAUAUUAUCUUUUAAUACUGUCAAUGGCUAAAAGGACUGCUACUUUCUAUUGUUUCUGGAUUUUUUUUUAAUAUCCCCCAUUUCUCUUCCUUCUACCAUUUCUUAAUUAUUGUAAAGAAAGCUCUGACUCCCACCUUAGUAGUUUCUUUUACCUUCCACAGAGCUACUCAGUUAAUAAACACUGUAAUUGUUUUUCAUAGUUCA